AUGGUUGACGCUAGGCGCAACCAGGGAAUUGAAUCAGCAAAGCGACAUGCUGGCAUCAGCUCUUUCGGAUAUUCAUUGCUCGUUUUUCUCGUUAUCAUCUCUUUAUCAUCUCUCACUUCGUUCAACGGCCGCAAGGACUGCGAAUCAAUACUAGUUAGUCGACGAACGGACGCCGUCAGCGCUAGUACCAUGUACGAUCCAGCACGGGACUCAUGGGACGCUCACCGCGUCCCCGACAUGCCCGCGCCUCCCGAUGAUCCCACCCUAACAGCACAAUCCGUGACGCAAGAACGAUCUUUUCUAGUCACAUCCGCUGCUCCUCCCAUCCAGUCAUUUACGAAGCCCACAGAACUCGAGAAACCAUCGCAGCUGCUGACAGAUAAAGACGGAAACCAAUCAGCUCCUCAGUCUAAAAUGACAAACCUUCCUCCGGCAUCUCCUGAUCGCACCGCUCCAUCACCUAGAGCGACCCGUCCAGAGCAGAAUGGCUCCUCAGCGGGCAAGAAACGAAAGCCGACGGAAGAGGAGGCGGUAUUAGACAAGCAAAAGCCUGCCCCGGACCGUCCGGUUUCAAAGCGCAAACGCCUUGAAGAGCGGCACCUGAAGCAGCGAAGACGCGGCCGAACCCCCCCGUCGGCUUACUCUCGACGUGACGGGGAGGAGUUUGCGUCGGCCCCUGCUCGAAAUGACCGGUCUGACCGACCCGUCUCUCCUCUUGCUCCUCCACGGUCCCCUACGCCGGAGGAGAAACCACGCCAGCGGAAACGACCCGGUGGCGGCGCCCGGAUGGGACUGGUGGACCGGGAAACCCUACGUCGGAGACAGGAGGAGAGGGAGCGUGCGCAGGAAGAAGAUGCUCUGCGGACUUCUCAAAGUCGGGGUGUGACUGACAUUGUCCGACAACAUUACAAUGCAGUGCCCCAGAGAGGGCGGGAGUGGCGAAAGACCGAGAGUAAGAUCAAGGGACUACGGAGUUUUAAUAACUGGAUAAAGAGCACUCUGAUUCAGAAGUUCUCCCCCGAUGAAGAAUUCCUGUCCAGGGUGAAUGAGAGUAAGGAUUGGGCGGAGGGAACCGCACCACCUCCCAUGGAGGAAAAACGGCUCCUGGUGGUGGACUUGGGUUGUGGCAAGGGAGGAGAUUUGGGUAAAUGGCAGCUAGCCCCGCAAACAGUGGAUCUGUAUGUUGGACUGGACCCCGCUGAAGUUUCCACUGUGCAAGCGCGCGAGCGGUAUAAUGGAAUGCGAUCGGGUCGAGGCUCGCGCGGAAGGCGGACUAACCCUAUUUUCCACGCCGAGUUUUUCGUCAAGGACUGCUUUGGAGAGUGGCUGGGUGAUCUGGACAUUAUUCAGCAGGUCGGCAUCGACCCUAAUGUUGGCCCCGGAGGAUCAGUGAUGAGCUCCCGCUGGGGUGGCGGUGGCUUCGACGUUGUUGCAUCCAUGUUCACCAUCCACUACGCCUUCGAGAGCGAGGAUAAAGCGAGACAAAUGCUGCGCAAUGUUGCUGGAUGCUUGAGGAAGGGUGGCCGCUUUCUGGGCGUGUGUCCAAACUCCGACGUCAUUAGUGCGAGAGUGUCGGAGUUCAACGCGAAACGAAAAGAGCGCGAAGCUGCAGCAAAGCAAGCCGAGCCAGAGGACGGCGAAGUCGAGGAAGAUACCAAGGUGGAGUGGGGGAAUUCCAUAUAUCGAGUGCGAUUUCCUGGCGAGACCCCAGAAGAUGGCAUUUUCCGACCGCCUUUUAGAUGGAGAUACAGUUAUUUCAUGGAAGAGGCGGUGGAGGAGAUUCCAGAAUAUGUGGUCCCUUGGGAGGCUUUUCGCGCUCUGACGGAAGAUUACAAUCUGGAACUCCAGUAUCGCAAACCAUUCAUGGACAUCUGGCGUGAUGAGAAGGAUGACCCAGAAUUGGGGCCUUUAAGUGAGCGCAUGGGAGUCCGAGACCGCAACACCGGGGCGCUUCUCAUGACGGAGGAAGAGAAGGAGGCAGCCAGGAACCUGAGGGCAAGAGAGAUGGCAACGCCCACUCCGGGACGAGCACAUUACACUCCCAGCUCGACACAAAGAGCUCCCCGUCAACGAGAACGGCCCUCUACGCCCCCGUUACCUGACUACGAAGCUCCAAUCGCACCUCUGACAGCCGCAGGGCACAAUGCGCUCCUUUCAUUGCUGAAAUCUCAAUCCCUACAUCACCUCAAAACCCACCUUCAACAUGCGGGGAUGAAGUUGACGGAUUCAGCGGGGGAGGUCAAUGAAAGAUUAACUGAUGCGCGGAUGAGAUAUCAGAAACAGAAGGAUCGGAGGAGGAGGAGCAGAAGUGGGGGGGAUGAAGAUGAGGAUGGGGACGCUGUCGAGGAUGAAGAAGAAAUCAAUCGAUUGGCGCAGUUGGAGGAACGAGUUGGUGAUAUUACGGGAAAAUUGGAGUUGCAGGUGAGACAGACCGUGGAUGCGGAGGCUAAGGUUGACGCGUUGACGGGGGCGUUGGGGCAAUUUGAAAGAGAGGCGGAGGAGGCGAAUGCUCCGAGAUCUCAGACUAGAAGGGGAGGGGGACGGUCAAGGAGAGGGGAGGGAGAAGAUGAGGAUGAAGACGGUGAUGAUGGAGAUUACGAAGCGACGCCUGAACGGGAUAUUGUGGGUGAACCGGCUUCGCGGAGACUGGAGGACAGGCUUAAUAAAAGUUAUGCCGAAUGGGAUAGGCUGUCCUUGACUCAAAGAUACUCCGCAAACAACACAUAUAUUGGGUUCUACCGGAUCGUGCAUGAAGCUAAACAUGCCGGUGACGAUAUGCCUCCUCUUCCACACGCUUCGACAUGGUUUUCGCAUCUGGAAGAUCCAAACGCGACUCAAGAAGUUGAGUCUUCUCGCCGCACCCGGAAUAAUCGCAGUCCAUCACCAGCAGACUCAGAUGAGAUCGCAAUCGAACGCGAGCGCAUCUCCAGGAAGUGUCCGCUGACAUUGCUCCCCUUCCGAGACCCUGUCACGAGUACAAAGUGCCCACACAGUUUCGAGCGCGAAGCUAUUGAGAGUAUGAUUGCACAGAGCCCGUCGACUGUGCCGGCGCCCCCCUCGGCGGCAGGCGCCCCCCAUAGUCGAGCGACGCGACGUAUCCGCUCUGUCAAGUGCCCGGUGUGCUCAGUAGUGUUGACCAUGCAUGAUCUGCGGAGUGAUCCCGUGUUACUGCGGAGGGUGCGCCGUGCCGAAGCCUUGGAGCGGGAAGCGGAGGAUGAGGAUAUGGAAGCUGAUGCGUCCCAGCGGAAACGGCCUCGGAGAAGCGGAAUUACCGUAGCCAGCGAUGAUGAGGAUGAGGAUGAGGAUGAGGGUGAUGGAGAUGAGAAUCAUCGCAGCAAGCGACAAGCUACGGUCGAUCCUAUUCGAAUUAAACAGGAGAGGGCUAUAUCCAGUGCGGCCCUCGAUGAAUAG